AUCAAAAACAUUUGACACAGUUCCCCCAACACACACACAGGUCAUAUGUAAGUUAUGUGUACAGGCGGCUUAGAAAAUUCAGUUUGUUAAUGGACAAAAAACUGGCUAAAAGACAGUAUUCAGAGCAGGGGCGGACUGACCAUUUGGAAACUCGGGCACUGCCCGAGGGCCCGGGGUCAGUAGGGGGCCCCAUGAGAUGCCCCUGGUACCUUUCUCAUAGGCUUUUUUGAGUUUGGCUUUUUUGAGUUUGGGCAAGGACACAGGGGCCCCAUGAUCCCCUAUUGACCGGGGGCCCCAU